UUUAUUAUCAUUUGUUAUAUUAUUUUUUAUAUUAUUUAUUACAUGUAACAAUAAUAAUGAUUGUUGUAGUGUCUUAUAUUUUCUAAUAAUAAAUAAAUGUAAUCGUCUAUAAUAAAAUUAAUAACAUAAUUGUUGAUGUGCAAAAACUCAAGUCCAAUACUGUAACCGAGUUAAUCAGUUUUGUGUAUAACUGAAACGUAUUUGAAUACGAAACUACUUACAAGAUUGUAGAAAGUGAGCUUCGUGGUGGCCGUUUAUUAUUGCUAUUAGUUUGGAAGCUAUGGAAUCUACUAAAAAACUUGUUAUGGAAGAGUUAAAAACCUAUUUCCCUGACUUACCAAGUGGGCCACUGGAUACUUAUAGAAAAAGAGCAACAUUUAAUUGGCGUUUUAUGAAACUUGUUUAUGAUAAUAUGACUACAAUUAAACUUAAACAUGAUAUGUGGAGUUUUAUGGAGAAUAAUCCGUUAUUUCAACGUUCUGAUAAACAACUUUCCCUUGAUGAAGAAAGAAAUAUAGCAGUAAAACAAAUGUAUGCUAUAUAUAAUGAGAAUUUUUUACCUCCUGAACUGAUUACAGAGGAACCAAAAUCAUUCCAAGCAUGGUCGGAAGCUUUGUUUAUGUUUAGCAGUUCGCUUGCUGUAAAAAUUACUCUGACAUUCCGUAUGUUCUCAAAUACAAUUCUUGGCAGUGGAGGGCCUCAUCUUUAUAAUAUUGUGGAAGACAUUGAAAUGGGAAAGAUUGGUGGUUGUUUUGCCCUAACUGAAGUAUCCCACGGCUCCAAUGUGAAGGGCAUGAGAACAACUGCAACUUAUUGCCCAGAAACAAAGCAAUUUGUAAUACAUUCUGCUGAUUUUGAAGCUGCUAAGUUUUGGGUGGGAUCCUUGGGAAAAUGCGCCACACAUGCAAUUGUCUACGCAAUGCUAAUAUCGAAAGGGAAAAAUCAUGGCUUGCACGCAUUCGUUGUCCCUAUCAGAGAUCCGAAGACCUUGAAGCCGUUUUCGGGAGUGACGGUAGGGGACAUUGGAGAGAAAAUUGGACUGAACGGUGUUGACAAUGGUUUUAUUAUGUUCAACAAUUACCACAUACCCAAAGAGUAUGCGUUGGACAAGUUGGGGGGAGUUGAUGACAAUGGGGACUAUAAAACGCCUUUCAGGGAUCCCAGUAAGAGAUUUGGUGCAUCUUUGGGAAUAUUAUCAGGUGGACGAGUGCAUAUAACAUCGAUUUCUACAAAUUAUCUCCAGAAAGCAAUAGUAAUAGCGAUCCGAUACUCUGCCGUGAGGAAACAGUUUGGUCCACAAGAUGCCGCUGAAGAGACACCCGUCCUUGAAUAUCAACAACAGCAAACCCGCCUGUUGCCGUACCUGGCGACGACGUUCGCGCUCCGCAUAUUCUGCACGUGGUUUAGCCAGCUGCAUGUCAGCAUCACCAUCGACAGCUUCCUCGGGCGCGCGGGCCCGGCGGCGCGCGGCGUGGAGCUGCACGCGCUGUCGGCGAGCGCCAAGCCGCUGUGCGCGUGGGCGGCGCGCGACGCCAUCCAGGUUGCGCGGGAGGCGUGCGGGGGGCACGGGUAUCUGCGAGCCGCAGGCUUAGGUGACUUGCGUAACGACAACGACGCAAACUGCACAUACGAGGGUGAGAACAGUCUGCUCUUGCAGCAGAGUAGCAACUGGCUGCUGACCAUGUGGCCGAGGAGACGAGAGAUCAAAGAUGAAGAUACGCCCUUGGGCUCCUUGAAGUUCCUGGAAAAUGCUGAUGAGUAUCUGAAGACGACUUGUCCGUGGGAGACUGUAGAUGACCUCAUCGAUCCGUAUAACCUCACGCAAAUGUACAGAUGGCUGACCGCGUACGUCCUAAAGAUGACGUACGAAAAAGUUUCUAUGCUGAAAAGCGAAGGUAAAGACAAUUUACAAGCAAAGAACGAGUCGCAAUCAUACAACGCGAUUACAUUGUCCGUCGUAUAUGGAGAGAACUACAUCCUGAAUCACUUCUACAACACUGCGAAGAGUUUCGAAGACGCCCCAUGUAGAGAGGUUUUACUACAAAUGGUUUCAUUGUACGGAGCAUUUCUUCUAGAAAAACAUUUGGCGACUCUGUACAUUGGCGGGUACUUCACGGGGGGGCGCGGGGCGGCGCUGCGCGCGGGCGCGGUGCGCGUGUGCGGCGCGCUCGCCGCGCAGGCGCCCGCGCUCGCCGACACGCUGGCGCCGCCCGACUUCUGUCUCAACUCCGUGCUCGGGAUGUCAGACGGGGAGGUGUACAAAAACAUCCAGAACAAGGUGAUGACGACGCCGGGGUCGAUGACCCGUCCGUCGUGGUGGCGCGACGUCGUGUACUGGCGCGCGACCCUACCCAGCAAGCUGUAGCCGAUGCUCGAUGUUAUUACUUAUGUAUUAAUAGUAUUAUGUAAAAUACUAUCAGCGUACUCCCAACUAUAACAUCCAGUAUUUAAGAGCUUAUAACCUUUUUUUAUUAUACAGAUGUUUUAUACUCAUAGCUUAACUUCGUUUAUCGGUUUUUAAGUUAAUGUUCAUUUUGAUACUAUACAGAGUGGUGUAAUUACCAUUUUCUGCGUAUAUAAAUGGUAUAAUUAUGCACACAGUUUUUUUCUGCGACUGUUUUUAUUUUUCAUUUGAAUGAUUUUGUUGAACAUAUUUUAGGAACAAACAUAUUCUUAUCGCUAACAAGUUUUACUGUUUUAUUAAACAAACACAAAAUCAUAUAUUAAAAAAGUAAUUUAUUUAAGAUUUAUAUUAUUCAUAUAAAUGCAAUUAUUAGAAAUAAUAACAAAUGUAAAGGAUAUACUUAUAUUUAUAUUAGAAGACU